ACGGAGGACCGGCAUAUUGACAGACGGACGGACCGACGGACGGACCGACGGACGGGAAUGCGGGCGGCCAGGCUCUAGCCUGGGCGUGGGGCUCCGGCCGCAGCUAUGGAGCGGCGACUGCGUGCGCUGGACCGGCUGGCGCGGGGCGAGGCCGGCGGCGGCCCGGGGCUCGACGGCCUCCUGGAUCUGCUGCUGGGGCUGCACCACGAGCUCAGCAGCGCCCCCCUGCGGCGGGAGCGCAACGUGGCGCAGUUCCUGAGCUGGGCCAGCCCCUUCGUAACAAAGGUGAAAGAGCUGCGGCUGCAGAGAGAUGAUUUUGAGAUCUUGAAGGUGAUCGGCCGAGGCGCCUUUGGGGAGGUCGCCGUGGUGAGGCAGAGGGACAGUGGACAGAUUUUUGCCAUGAAAAUGCUGCAUAAAUGGGAGAUGCUUAAGAGGGCCGAGACGGCCUGUUUCCGGGAAGAGCGAGACGUUCUGGUGAAGGGAGACAGCCGUUGGGUGACUGCUCUGCAUUAUGCCUUCCAAGACGAGGAGUACCUGUACCUGGUGAUGGACUACUACGCCGGUGGGGACCUCCUCACGCUGCUGAGCCGCUUUGAGGACCGCCUCCCACCUGAGCUGGCCCAGUUCUACCUGGCUGAGAUGGUGCUAGCUGUUCACUCACUGCACCAGCUGGGUUACGUCCACAGGGAUGUCAAGCCGGACAAUAUCCUGUUGGACAUGAAUGGCCACAUCCGCCUGGCUGACUUUGGUUCCUGCCUACGUCUCAACAACAGUGGCAUGGUGGAUUCGUCGGUGGCAGUGGGGACACCCGACUACAUCUCCCCUGAGAUCCUGCAGGCCAUGGAGGAGGGCAAGGGCCACUAUGGGCCGCAGUGCGACUGGUGGUCGCUGGGGGUCUGCGCCUAUGAACUGCUCUUCGGAGAAACCCCCUUCUACGCUGAAUCCCUGGUGGAAACCUAUGGCAAGAUCAUGAACCAUGAGGACCACCUCCAGUUCCCCUCAGAUGUGCCUGAUGUGCCAGCCAGUGCCCAAGACCUGAUCCGCCAGCUGCUGUGCCGCCAGGAGGAGCGUCUGGGCCGCGGAGGGCUGGAUGACUUCCGGAACCACCCCUUCUUCGAAGGCGUGGACUGGGAGCGGCUGGCAACCAGCACUGCCCCCUAUAUCCCUGAGCUUCGCGGGCCCAUGGACACCUCCAACUUCGACGUGGACGAUGACACCGUCAACCAUCCGGGAACCCUGCCACCACCCUCCCAUGGGACCUUCUCAGGCCACCACCUGCCAUUUGUGGGCUUCACCUAUACCUCGGGCUGUCCGGGCCCUGAGAGCAGCUCUGAGCAGUUGGCUGCCCUGGAGCGGAAGCUCCGUUGUCUAGAGCAGGAGAAGAUGGAGCUGAGCCAGAAGCUCCAAGAGGCCCUGCAGAGCCCCUCAAACCAUCGGGAGCUGGAGCAGCUACGGAAUGAAGUGCAGACUCUACAGGACAGGCUAUUAGAGAUGCUGAGGGACAACAAGACCCCCUUGUCCCAGACGGAUGGGCCCCCUGCUGGUAGCCCAGGCCAGGACAGUGACCUAAGGCUGGAGAGAGACAACCAGCUCUUCCAGGAGCUGGCCGAGGCUCGGGCAGGGCUGCAGGUGCAGGAGAAGGAGCUCUGCAGAGCCCAGGAGCGGCAGGAGGAGCUGCUCCGAAGGCUGCAGGAGGCGCAGGAGAGAGAGGCAGCCACGGCCAUCCAGAACCAGGCCCUGACCUCCCAGCUGGAGGAAGCCCAGGCUGCCCGGAGGGAGCUGCAGGCCCAGGUGGCCACCCUGAGCCGGGAGGUAACACAGCUUCAGAGACAGCGGGAGCGAAGCCUUGAGAAGGAGUCUUCCCGGGUCCAGACCGUCCACACUGCCUCUGAGACCAAUGGUAUGGGAUUGCCUGAGGCCGGGCCCCAGGAAGCACAGCUGAAGAAGGAGGUGGCCGCCCUGCGUGUCCAGCUGGAGCAGGCCCGCGGCACCGGCUCCAGUGGGAAGGAGGAGGCCUUGUGCCGGCUACAGGAGGAGAACCGGCGGCUGAGCCGGGAGCAGGAGCGGCUGACUGAAGAGCUGGAGCGGGAGCAGCAGAACAGGCAGCGGCUGGAGGGUGAGCGGCGGGAGACGGAGGGCAACUGGGAGGCCCAGAUCACCGACAUCCUCAGCUGGGUGAAUGAUGAGAAGGUCUCGAGAGGCUACCUGCAGGCCCUGGCCACCAAGAUGGCCGAGGAGCUGGAGUCCUUGAGGAACGUGGGCACCCAGCUGCUCCCUGCCCGGCCGCUGGACCACCAGUGGAAGGCAAGGCGGCUGCAGAAGAUGGAGGCCUCUGCCAGGCUGGAGCUGCAAUCAGCACUGGAAGCUGAGAUCCGGGCCAAGCAGGGCCUGCAGGAGCAGCUGACACAGGCGCAGGAGGCCCAGCUGCAGGCCGAGCGCCAUCUGCAGGAGGCCGAGAAGCAACGGAGCCUGCAGGAGGAGCUGGUUGCACUUCGGGAGGAGCUGCAGGCCCGCAGGCCGGCAGAUGCCAAGCCCUCAAACUCUGAUUCCUUUCUGUCUUUCCGGAGCUUAGAGAAGGAUUCUGCCAAGGACCCUGGUAUCUCAGGAGAGGCCUCCAGGCCUGUGCUGGAGCCAGAGCUGAGGCCGGAGUGCCGCAGCAGCCUGCGCCUGGGGGCUGUGUUCCCCAGAGCAUCUGCUGCAACCACGACCCCUUCAGAAGGUCCUCCUGCAAAGCACGGCUCACACUUGCUGCGCCCCCGGAGCUUCCCAUCCCCCACCAAGUGUCUGCGCUGCACCUCACUGAUGCUAGGCUUGAGCCGCCAGGGCCUGGGCUGUGAUGCCUGCGGCUACUUCUGUCAUUCGACUUGUGCCCCACAAGCCCCACCCUGCCCCGUGCCCCCUGACCUCCUCUGCACAGCCCUGGGAGUGCACCCCGAAACAGGCACAGGCACUGCCUAUGAGGGCUUCCUGUCGGUGCCGCGGCCCUCGGGCGUCCGGCGGGGCUGGCAGCGGGUAUAUGCUGCCCUCAGUGACUCACGCCUGCUGCUAUUUGACGCCCCAGACCCUCGUCUCAGCCCGGCCAGCGGGGCCCUCCUGCAGGCACUGGAUCUGAGGGACCCCCAGUUCUCAGCCACCCCUGUCCUGGCUCCUGACGUUAUCCACGCCCAAUCCAAGGACUUGCCACGCAUCUUUAGGGUGACGGCCUCCCAGCUGACGGUGCCCCCUGCCACGUGCAACAUACUGCUGCUGGCAGAGACUGAGGGUGAGAGGGAGCGCUGGCUGCAAGUGCUGGGCGAGCUGCAGCGGCUGCUGCUAGACGCACUACCGAGACCCCGGCCUGUGUACACACUCAAGGAGGCCUACGACAAUGGGCUGCCAUUGCUGCCCCACACGCUCUGUGCUGCCAUCAUCGACCAGGACCGACUCGCGCUGGGCACUGAGGAGGGGUUGUUUGUGAUCCACCUGCACAGCAAUGACAUCUUCCAAGUGGGUGAGUGCCGGCGGGUGCAGCAGCUGGCCGUGAGCCCUACUGCAGGCCUUCUGGUCGUGCUGUGUGGCCGCGGCCCCAGCGUGCGCCUCUUCGCCCUGGCAGAGCUGGAGAGCACAGAGGUGGCAGGUGCCAAGAUCCCUGAGUCUCGAGGCUGCCAGGUGCUGGCAGCCGGGCGCAUCCUGCAGGCCCGCACCCCUGUGCUGUGUAUAGCCAUCAAGCGCCAAGUGCUCUGCUACCAGCUGGGUCCAGGCCCGGGGCCCUGGCAGCGCCGCAUCCGUGAGCUGCAGGCACCAGCACCUGUGCAGAGCCUGGAGCUGCUGGGUGACCGGCUGUGUGUAGGAGCAGCUGGUGCCUUUGCGCUCUACCCGCUGCUCAACGAGGCUGCGCCCUUAGCACUGGGGGCUGGUCUGGUGCACGAGGAGCUGCCACCAUCCCGUGGGGGCCUAGGCGAGGCACUGGGUGCCGUGGAGCUCAGCCUUAGUGAGUUCCUGCUGCUCUUCACCACUGCCGGGGUCUACGUGGACAGCACCGGCCGCAAGUCUCGCUUCCAUGAGUUGCUAUGGCCAGCAGUGCCCACGGGCUGGGGUUAUGCAGCCCCCUACCUGACACUGUUCAGUGAGAACUCCAUCGAUGUGUUUGACGUGAGGAAAGCAGAAUGGGUCCAGACGGUGCCACUCAAGAAGGUGCGACUUCUGAACCCAGAGGGCUCCCUGUUCCUCUAUGGCACCGAGAAGAUCCGCCUGACCUACCUCAGGAACCGGCUGGCAGAGAAGGACGAGUUCGACAUCCCGGACCUUACCGACAACAGCCGGCGCCAGCUGUUCCGCACCAAGAGCAAGCGCCGCUUCUUUUUCCGAGUGUCUGAGGAGCAGAAACAGCUGCAGCGCAGGGAGAUGCUGAAAGACCCCUUUGUGCGCUCCAAGCUCAUAUCACCGCCCACAAACUUCAACCACCUGGUGCACGUGGGCCCUACGGACGGGAAGCCCAGUGCCAAGGACCAGACCCGGGCUCCUGAAGGGAAGGGCCGAGGUUCCCGCGGCUCCGGCCCACAGCGGCCCCACAGCUUCUCAGAGGCCUCGCGGCGUCCAGCUUCCAUGGGCAGCGACGGGAAGGCAGACCCCAUGAAGAGGAAGCCUUGGACAUCUCUGUCCAGCGAGUCCGUGUCCUGUCCCCAGGGAUCUCUGAGCCCCGCAGCCUCCCUGACACAGGUCUCAGAGAGGCCCCGGAGUCUCCCCCUAGCCCCUGAAGCAGAGAGCUCCCCUUGACACCCUCUGGCAGGGCCCACCCGAACCCCAGGACCAAGAGACAUGAGGGAGCAGAGAGCUUAAGGGAUGCCAUACUCCGGCUGGUCCGGGACGUGUGGAAAUUCGGACUCAGGGAGAGCCCGGGCUGGGCAGCGACUGGGAGACUGGUCUGGGUUUCCAGGACCUGGGGAGCCUGACUCCCAGCCUUCAUCCCACCCUUCCCCUCUACUCCCAGCCCAACCUGUACUAGCCCCUGGGAAUAGAAUGGCCGCCCUUCUGCCCUAGGGGCCCCUCUGUCCUGGUGUCCAGGGGUGAUUGUGCCAAAGCUCUCGUUUCCAGUGCCAAGCCCUAGGAGGCUUGUAAGCAAGAGUCGGGAUGAGGGACAGAGAAGGGCCAGGUCCCUUGGGGCAGUCUGGGGUCUUGGCCGCGGACUUGCUAGGCUCCAGUGAGGCAAGGGUCAAAUCAGGAAGGACAGGCUCUAAUCCAGAGGGAAGGCAGAUAGAGAAGCAGGGGAAAGGACGUAGGUGAAGGAGGUAAGAGAGGGAAGUUGGGAGAAAGGAAGUGGAGGCGGCGGUCAUAGUGAUUGGAAGGAGGGAAAGCCAUCCAGAGGAGAAGGAGAGAGGGAUACAGGAGGACACUGACGGGGAGAGAGAGAGACGAGACGAGAGGAGAGGAGGGGAGAGGGGACUGGGGGACUAUAUAUCCAGGGUCCUUUCCCUCUGGGGAAGAGCUUGUUGGGUUUGGGAACAGGGAGAGGCUCCGUGAGCCAACUGACAUUGUUAUCUAAUCCGUCCAUAGGAGAAGAGAAUUCCUAGACAGGGAUGGGAUGGGGAGGGUAUUUAUAAGGGCUACUUGGUGGGAGAUGGGCACCCAACGCGGCCAUUGGACCGUCUCCAGGCAUACUCUGGCCCUUCCCAGGAAGGGGGAGGGGUCCUUUUUCUCAAAGCUUCAACCAACUAUGUAUUAGGGGAUGAUAGGGAACAUUUUAUUAUUGAGCACAGUCAUUAUUAUUAUUAUAUUACUAUUUUUAUUAAACCUCCCCCUACUAAUGAGUAGGGGGCAAAAUAAGUAUUUAUCUCCUCAAAUGCCCUAUUCCUGGGAGGGGGGACUCUGAUACUCUGUGAGGCAGUAAGGAACCAAUAAACACAACUUUGUAAGUGGUUGGCCUCCCUGCCUGGAUCUCUCUUCUGAAGGUUCAGAAAAAUGGAGGGAUCAGAGACGGAGGAAGGAGUGGGGUUAUCAGGGAAAGUUAAAGACCAGGUUAUCGUCCCUGUAAUUUCAAGAAGCAGGUGAAACAUUCAAGUGGGGGUAAAGGCGAGUUUAAUAGCGAAGAGAUGGUUUUCAGAAGUGGGUAACAUUAAGGGUACCCACCAAAAAGUGGCAGUGCCCCCGAGCCCUAGCAGCAGUGGGGAGCUCUUGCCACCCCCAGGCCAGCAGGGCAGGAAGAGGCAGUGGUGUUACCUGAUGGGAGCUGUGGCUCUCAGUAAAAGAACCUCGCCGUGGCCAAGGUUCAGGAAGGCAGCCCAGGAAAUAAAGCCCUCCACCUCAUUGCUCCCGCCCAUCUCCUGCCUUGUUUUGUCCAAACCCAAGCAGCAGCCAGAGGAGCCUAGCACUCAGUUUACUGCAGGGCCUAGAAGGCAGCCAUGGGGCCACUGAGCUGUGUGGGGGAG